AUUUAUGAAAAUACUCUUAUAAGUGAGAAAAAAAUCGGAGAUUAUAUAAACGAUAAAAUGAAUGAAAAUAUUAAAAUAGAAGAUAAAAAAGGAGAGAAUAUAAACAUUAAUAAAUAUGAUGAUAAUUCCAAAAUAUUAAAUGAAUUAAUUAUUAAAAAUAAAGGUUCUCAGGAUAAUAAUGCAGAAGAUAUAUCAACAAAUGGUAGUGAUAAAGUGGAUCAAAUAAAAAAUAAAAAUGAAAGUUUACAUAAAAUAGAUAAUGUAAAUGUCGAAAAAGAUAAAAUAUCAAAUAACAAGGAAAACAAUGGGAUUAUCAUUGAACAUAAAGAGCAUGAUAUUACAUCAGAUAAUAAAGAAAAAAAAGAAUUUGAUAAUGUAGUUGAGACACCAAUUAAAGAACAUAAUGUAUUAGACGAUAAAGAGAGAACAAUUCAACAUGUUGAAGAAGAACCUAUAGGACAAGAUAAAAGUAUGGAGAAUAAUAAUGUAUCUACUAAUGUAU